GGUUUACACGAGGGAGAAGGGACGCGAUUCAUGCACUAGCAAUAAAUGUAUUCCAAGUGGUGCCACUCUAUGCUAGGACUCGUCUCAGGGUGUGUCGCGUCCACGCGAGUCCCAUCCAACACGCGCCUCCAACUGGCCGACCGCAGCUUCGCAGCUGCCUGUGGCAUGCCCGUCCUGACCGGAAGAUAGUCUCUCCCUCUUCUCAAGCCACACAAUGCAUUUCAUUCAAACAUACCAUACAAUAUGGGCGCCUGGCUGUCGUGCUUUCGACGAAAGCGCACGCCGGGACACCAUGCGCCAUUGCCGCUCGCUACUCCGACGCCUGAUGCCGUGCCAGUGGUCGCGAGCGCAGAUGAAUGCUUCGGUGCCGACAGCCUAGUUCGACCGGCAUCCAGGCUCAAAUUCGCCCAACCGGUUGACAGCGAGCCAGCCGACGAGGUCAUGUUCUUCCGGGAUGGGCGCUGGAGCUACGGCGAGCUUCGACGCAGCGCGCUAGUCCAAUUCAAUUACUGCAUGUCCGGAACGAGCGCAGGCGACGUCGCGGCCGCGAUUCUCGCUGGCGGGACGCGCCAUGCAGUCAUUCGGGCGGUGCUGGGUGUGCAGGGCGCGACCUACGUCAACGCUGCGCUAGCUCGGCACCUGGGGCUGCGGACCGUGGCACUGGGGGGCUCGGGCCGGGUGUCUCCAGGUGGCGCCCGCGGCCCCGUGUCGCUUCUGGCGGAGCCUGGGAUCCAGAUCCAACUGCUGGACACGGACGGCGGGCCGCUGGUCACCUAUCCCGCCCCGCUGGUGUUCGUACUGGACGGCGGCGUGCCCUUCGACCUGCACAUCUCGCUGGACGUGUGUGGCGCCUGCCAAGUCUCCAGCGCAGGCUACCGCGUCAAACCGCCGCCGCCCGCCGGCGGCGGCGCUAGCAGCGGCGCACAGGAGUCGUUGCGCAUUCCCCUGCCAAGGCUGGUGCCGCGCCGCUGGCAGAAAGGCGAGCCGCGUGAGCAGCCGAGGGCGGCGCCGAUCUGGGUUGCCAACAAUACGUUUGAUGAGGCGCUGGCGCUGGUGGCGGCGCGUGCGGGCGUGCGGGCGCGGCUGGCGGCGGCGGCGGCGGGCCGGGACGCGGACGCGGCGGCGGCGCGCGCUACGGGAGAGCUGGAGAGGCAGUACGGCCACGGCACGUCAGGGCGAUUGCCAGGGGGGUCACCAGCGGUGGCAGCGCCGGACCAGCCGGCGGGGGACGGCCAGGGUCAGGGUCAGCAAGAGCCCUGGUCGGCGGGCUCAGAGGACCCGGUGGCGGCGGGGCUGCCGCCGCUUCCGCCAGCACUGCGCUCUGCGCGCUGGGCGGAGGUGGCGGCGACGCACCUGCCUGCAGGCGACACCGAGUGCGUGGUGUGCGCCUGGUCGCUGACGGGGGCGGCGGAGGCGGGGGCGGCGGCUAGAGCAGCAGCAGCAGGUGGGGGUGGCGGUGCGGAGGAGGCGGGGCCAGGGCCGGGCGAUGUGGUGGUGCAGCUGGGCUGCAGGCACACGUAUCACGAGCUGUGUGUGAGGCAGAUGAUGAUGCAGCGCCAGAGCCGGAGCUGCCCGCUGUGCCGGGCCGCCGUAUGUGGCUGAAAGGCGAACUGGGUGCAGGGUGCGUGAGUGGGGCGGUACAGGCCCUACCUAUACGCGUUUGAGGGUGGGAGGCGAGGUGGCAUGGUAAGGAUCGACUGCUGCGAUGUAUUCUUGUGAAGGCCAAGGAGUAGGGGUGUGUGAUGGGACAGGGUUCAAGGCAGGUUGGCGAGGUCCCGUAGGGUGCAGCUGAUGCCCAUACCCUCAAGCAGACGGCAAACAGUUUGCAGUGGCAGAGCAGAAGUGCAUGGCUGGUCGAACGCCGGAGUUACUGUACCGACACGUUGCUGGCUGGCUGGAAGUUUGCUGAAUCGUGUUUGCGCCACGGUUCGUGCGCUGCUUCUCAUUGCGGACAAAGGGUAGUGGAUCAUGACAGCCAAUGUUAGCGCGCGGACGCACCGUCGCCGACUCACCAGGCAGUCCUUUUGCCGCAAUAUGCGGAGCAAUGGGGAGUAAAGGCGCGAGGCCCAUCCGGAGGUGUGUGCGUGUGUGGGAACGCAGUGAUGAUGUGCAGUGACAACAGCAUUCCUGCGUGUGUGUAUGCACCACAUGCGUAUUUACUCUUGCUGGGGGGAAACAGCCUAAUAGCCUACUAUUCGCAAGUGAGCCAACGAGGGUGGGAAUUCAUAGUUCGUAGCACUGCGCACAAAUCGUUCAUUUGGGCAGCUGAGCGCGGCGCGUAACGUUACGAGUUCGGCUGCACUUCAGCUGGUGCGGCAGGCAAUCCACAUGCAAUAAGGUGACACGUUCAUCUUCUGCUUAUCUAUGGCGUAGACACAGAGCGACGACAGGGUUGGUCUGAUGGUCCCUUAUCUCAAUAAACUCUAGAUGGCGUGGUUGUGUUAUCUACGUUGCAUAAAUAUGUUGAUUGCUUUGUUAGCGCUCCUGGCGACCAGGCAGGGCACUGCGCAUGCAAUAGUGAACCUCGAUUACGUCGAGCUGUCGCCGCUGCUGUCUGGCGCAGCACUUGCUUACGGAGAUGCUGCAUCUUUAAAAGGUAAGCGCCAAGGAUAGGGUCGGCAAGCGCAAGAGCAAUGUUUACCGCCGCGGUUUGCAGCGCGUGCGCCGCUCCCGAAUGUCCGGCAGUUGUGAAGAUAUUCUGAUGAUACAGAAUAUUUAUGACCUCUUGAGGCCUCGACGCAAAGGUGUCGGCUUGGUCGCUCUGCUGUUCGCCGGGUUCGCCGCCGGACUCCCAAGAAAGUGGGAACUUCCCCAGAUCGCCGAAGCUUGUAAUCGCCUAGACAC